AUGCUGCCGCAGACACCUGACAUCAUCCCGACUACGCUGAACCAGCAAAAAUGCGUGAAAGCACGAGCUCUGUACGAUAAUAUCGCAGAGGCGCCUGACGAGCUGGCCUUUCGAAAAGGCGACGUCCUCACCGUGCUGGAACAGAAUACUGCUGGUCUUGAAGGAUGGUGGUUGUGCGCUUUGCGAGGUCGACAGGGCAUUUGUCCAGGAAAUCGAUUGAGGCUUCUGGUUGGCCAAUACGAUACGGGGGGUUGUUUGGUCGGCAGCAGGGCCGACCUAACCAUUGCAGAAGAUGGCAUACAGAGACAUGGGAAAAGACGUAGCUGGCACGUACAGCCCAACAGGGUUGUGACGCCGCAGAAGUGUGGGGACGUCUACCUGUACGACCUCCCAGCAAGUCGGGGAAGUCCCGCGCCACCCUCCAGACACGAGUCACCCCUCAACUCGACAAACAAUGAGCAUUCGCACAAUACAGGACGAUAUACGAGCAACAAUGUGCGAAGUUCUAUCGACAAUGGGGGCGGCGACGUGAACGAGUGUUACGACGUACCACCACGCGCGAUCCCGGUGAUCCCUUCGCCGGCGAGUAGCCCAAGUCCGGCUCCGUCGUGCUAUGAUAUCCCAAGGCCGCCGACAUCCUGCACACCCAACUCAAAUUGUUCCGGCGGUUCCGGCAUUACACCGCUGGAUUGUUACGACGUGCCGCGACCAUUGCAACCCCUCACACCCAGCAGCUCGGCCUCCAGCCUCACCAACGACGGCUCCCUCAGCGGAUCGAACAGAUCGAGUUUGGCCGCUCCAGAUUACGAUGUACCCCGACCGCGUCUUCCAGCGUCCUCGUUGCCGUCCCGACACAAUACCCCCAUACCGAAGACCCCGACACCACCGCCACCAUCGCAACAGAUUUAUGAUGUACCAGUUAGCAAGGAGCUUCCAUUGGAGUUGGACUCCGCUCUGGAAGGUUUGCAAAGGUUGCAGAGCGAGGCAUCCGCUGCGAUAGCGAGGCUACUGGGCUUCGUGAGCCCCGGUUGGAGAACACCACAGCGAUUAGAUGCCACCCUUAUGGACCUAAGGCUAGCUGCUCUCAGGCUCAGAACGUCUCUUCACGAUCUCGCUGAAUUCGCGGAAGGUACGCUGGGUAAUGCAGGUAAAGCACCAGAUAAGGGCCUGGCCACGAAAUUACGGCCGCUAGUGAAGGCACUUCGUGAUUCUGACAAGCUCGUACAGGAAGCCGCUACUGAAUUGGACACGAUGGAAUGGGACGCGAGUAAACUCUGUCGUGGCGGUGGUGAUACACCGACACCUACUAACGGACCUCCGUCUUCACUACUUCUACCUGUACAAUCAGAUCCCCUUGAUCAGCUGAUCGCGUGCGCUCGAGCACUCACGGAAGACGUUCGUCAGGUUGCUAGUUUCAUUCAAGGAAAUUCCACGUUGCUCUUCAAGCGGGCGUCGAUCAUCUCCACGGGCAGCAGCAACAAUAGCGGCGCCGGAGAGGAUUAUGACUACGUAAAUCUCGACUCGCGAGAGGUUGUAGCAAAGCAGCGAGAAGAAUUGCGAGCCUCGCUGCCGCAGGAGCUUCGCAGUAACUACGAUCUGCUGGUGUCCGAGGCGGACAAUGCCGCGAUUCAGAUGCCACCCACGACCCCGACGCCCAUGGAUCCCAACGACAAGCAAUUGUUGGCCUUCUACGUCGCCCAGGUCAUCACGCAUGGCGCGCACCUGACUCAUGCCAUCGACGCCUUUCUGCAAACGGUGGAGCAUAAUCAACCACCCAAGGUUUUCCUAGCCCAUGGCAAGUUUGUCGUGCUGAGUGCGCAUCGACUAGUGCACAUCGGCGACACGGUGCAUCGAAAUGUGACACGCAACGAUGUACGAACGCGCGUACUACAAUGUGCGAACGCUUUGAACGAAGCGCUCGGGCAGACAGUACAGAAGACGAAGCAAGCCGCUCAAUUCUUCCCAAGUGUUACCGCGGUUCAGGAGAUGGUCGACAGCGUCGUCGAUGUCUCGCACCUAGCCAAGGAUCUCAAAGUUGCUAUGAUACACGCCGCUCAACAGCCUUGAGAAGAAUUGUCACGAUGCGGUCGU